CGGCUAAAAAUAGAACACAGUUCAUGCAAUUGCACUGCAUGAGCGUAUAAUGUGUACACACGUUCAGUGUAACGCUCUUAAAUUGCACUUUUUUUUUUUUUUUUUUUUUAACUGUGGGGAAUGGAGGCUAUUGCGGAUUAAAUGAAUAAUGCGAGCGUCACCUCUGAGCUGCCAUUUGGCGUUUCUAACUGUCCGCGUGCACUGUCCAGCACCACAUUUUUGAUUAUGAUUCUUGUCACCAGCUGGACAUAGAGCAUUAGCCACAGUCCAGGGAUUAGCUGUUCAUGACACAAAGAAUCACACAGACGAGAAUAUGACGCCAAGAUGUAACAUCAGUAGUGUUUGUUAAUUAUUUAGCUCAUCAUUAACCUGAAACUUUUACGCGCAUCUUUCCAAUGGAUGCACGUUGCCAAAAAGGUCAAGUCGUUUGUGAUAAAGCACAUUUCGGAGGCAAUGACGUUCAUCUUGACGGCAUGAACACAUCGGUGCACGGAUAUGUCUCGUUUUUGUACUUGAGCUUGUUUGGUGAAGUUGCGUUUACCCACCGGAAAGCAUGCGCUCUACAAAUAUGACGAUUUUCUAGGCCUGACUCCUUCUUUUGUGAAAGUAGUUUUGGAUCAAAGAUGCAUGUUUUUUUAAUGACAGUCUGCUAUAAGUAAACACUUUUUAAUCUGGUAAGCUAUUUUUGGGGGGUUGGGGCAGAGAAAAUGAUGUGGAUCCAACUGAGGUGUUCUUGCUGUUUCCAUGCAUCUUUCUUCUUCUCCAGACCUCUGGACGUUGUUGUGGAUUGUGUUGCUAUUUAAUGCAAUGGGCUGUAUCCAGAGUAUCAGGUGUAAGCCCAAGAGUUUCCGAGACAGUAUCAUCGUCCUGGAGGUGAACAGUUCCAUCGACCCCAACCCCACCAGCAUCGACGAGUCAUCCAGCGUGGUCCUGCGCUACCGGACACCGCACUUCCGAGCUUGUGCCCGUGUAUUGGUACCGCCAGUGGCCGGUAAAGAGACGUGGACCAUCGGCUGGAUUCAAGCUUGUAAUCACAUGGAGUUCUACAAUACUUACGGAAACAAAGGGAUGUCAAGUUGGGAGCUCCCCGACCUGCGGGAUGGCAAGAUCCAGGCCAUCAGUGAUUCGGAUGGGGUCAACUACCCGUGGUAUGGCAACACAACGGAGACCUGCACCGUCGUAGGGCCCACCAAGAAGGACAGCAAGUUCACCGUUAGUAUGAAUGACAAUUUCUACCCCAGCGUCACCUGGGGUGUGCCCGUCAGUGACAGCAACGUGCCUCAGCUUAGCAGCAUCCACCGUGACCAGAGCUUUACGACCUGGCUGGUGGCCAUCAACCAGGCCACCUCAGAGACACUUGUCCUGCAGACAAUCCGCUGGAGGAUGCGGCUUCACAUCCACGUGGACCCGGAGAAGCCUCUGGGUCACAGGGCUGUUCUGAAUGAGCCCGUGGCUCAGGAACAGCCUCAGAUUCUGGGCAAGAAUGAGUCUAUCCCCACUAAUGCCAUGGUCAAGCCCAACGCCAACGAUGCCCAGGUGCUGAUGUGGCGGCCAAAGAAUGGUGACCCUGUGGUGGUCAUCCCACCCAAACACUGACCAGACUGGCCUUGGAUACCUUAACAGUAUCAUCUCUUAUUUGUUCCCUUUCUUUUUGUUCCUGCUCAUCACCAGCUCUCACUGCUUUAUCCCUUUCCCUCUUUUUGCCUCAAUAUUAUUCUCUUAUGUUAUAAAAAGACAGACAGAGAGAAAAACCAGGCAGAGACGAAUGAAACCAGCUCUGAGAAAAAGGCCAGCUGUUGCUUUGAGCCAGGGGUUUAACACACCUUUAAAACUGGAGCGAACAAACUGCAACCAUUCUACCUUCAAACUGGGUCGGGUCGCACUGUGCUAAAUGAAAUCAUUGCAAAAAUGAAAAACUAGAACAUUUCUUUGUUUUUUAUUUUAGUUCUACAUUUUGGCUGUUUUGGCCAAGUGAUACGGGGUUUGUGAGUGUGGGUGGAUUGAAGUAUUUACAUGACCAUGUCUGCGCAAAUGCAACAUACAUGGAUGUGCACAAACCUCGUGUAUGAAUACCAGUUGAGUUUUUAUUUAUGGGCUGGGAGAGAGUGAAUUUAACUUUGUUGUUGUCGUGCGCUUCACAUGACGAAUUUCAUUGGGUGAAAUACUAGAUUUUAGUACUUUUAAAAAAAACAAACAUGCAAGACAUUCAAUCCAUGCUGCCUUAAGUUUACAUUGCUUUCCACUGCAAACGUUUUCGCCUUAAACCAAGUGCAAUGCAGUAUUUAGCUAAUUUCACCUGUCUUCUCCAGACCGUUGGUGCUGGCAUGUGUGGGUUUAGGACAGGAACUAUACCACAGAAGAAGACCCCGGGUCUAUAGUCUAUAGGCUUUAAUGUUCAAGUUGCAUUCACUUGACAAAUGUAUCGUCUAUUAAGUACAACAAGCAUUAAGUGUAGACACUGUUACACAACCAAGCUAACUAGUUGCGUUUCAAGUGUAUUAUGCAACAGCAGAGAUGCUCUGUACUGAUGGACAUGCAGGGAACGUCAGCAAAGCCAACCCUUGUCAAUAGCACUCAACACAAUAAAGUGCAAUAACAACCUGAGCAAAAAGAACAAAUAAAGCACUCCUCAGUUAACCACAUUUCAUUCACCUUAUUCAGUUUAUAGGCAGUUGUAGCAUUCAACAUCUAAAAAGGUUUUCCUUUCUCUGAAUUGCUCCAUCUCAGGGCCCCCUUUUCACUUCCUUCCCUAUUCUUUUUUCAUCCAUUCUGUCUGGCCUACUAUUUCUUGCAACCAUGAGUAACUGGUUCCAUUACUCACAUUGAACAAUCAAUACUUUGAUUAAUAAGCAGUCACAGUAAAUAACUCUUAAUAACUGGAGAAUAAGAAUAUAUCCUUCCGUGGUGUUUGUCAUCUCCAGUUGUCUGACAAUCUUAUACACAUUGUAUUUAUUAUUGUUGCCUUCCUUUAAACCAAAAACACCCCUUUUCUUUCUUUCAUAUUUAAAUGAAAUUUUUGUCCCUCAUCCUCAUUCAUCUGUAAUCGUCAUCUACACCAGUAUUCUUCCUCCCCCCUUCUUUCUCUCUCUCUCUUUUUUUAAAUCUGUCGAGGCUGAAAAGCAGAGCAGGAGGCAUGCAAGUUUGAUCCUGACUGCUCGGUUGGCAUAUAGAUGACCCACUUCUCUGCUUUGCCAGUUGUAGCUCUCGCUGCAGAAAUGUGGGGCUCGUUUCCCUUUAUUUCACCGCCAGCAAAUGUAAGACAACAAACACACAUAAACAAGCAUCUCGGGUCAGCUAAAUACCAACAUUAAACAAUAUAAAGCCCAUUUAACUGUUUAUCUUUGAGAAGGGCUUUAACUGCAACCUGAAAUCUCUCAUACUUUUAAAUCUGUUAAUGAGCUCUGUAAGAGUUUGUUCCAUUAAUGGCCAGUUUUUCACUUUCAGAUUUGAUACUUUCAGUUCACUGUGCCCAUCUAGUCCCUGUGUUUUGGCUCCAACCAAAGAAAUAAUUUGCAUGCCAGUCUGAUCUGCUCAUGUAUUUCACAAAGAUCAGUCUGCUGCUGCUGUUUCAAUGUAUUAGCAUCUCUCUACUAUUGAGUGCACAAAGCAUUCAUCCGUCAAACUUGGUUCAGGCCACAUUUCUUGGUGUUUUUUAGGAUCUUGUGUCCAUUCUGCCAUUACAAAACUAUGAAUUAUUUUGUGACUUUAUUCAAAAGUUCUUUGAUGUUGCUGCUAUUUCUACCAAGCCUGUAAAGGAAUAGUUUGACAUUUUUGCUUUCUUGCCAAGAAUUAGACAAGAAGAUCGAUACCAUUCUCAGGUCUGUAUGCUAGCUUAGCUUAGCAAGACUGGAAGAAAGGGGAAACCGCUAGCCCGGCUCUGUCCAAAGGUAACAAAAUAUGCUUACCAGCACCUAUGAUGCUUACUAAUAAACACAUUUUAUCUCAUUUGUUUAAUACUUACAAAAAACAAGUUGGCCAAGUUGUGCCAUUUUACAGGCUGUGUUUCCUGUCUUUUAAAUUAAGCUAACCAUCUCCGGGCUGUAGCUUCCUAUUUAGCAUACAUAUUUGAGAGUGGUCUCAAUCUUCUCAUCUAACUCUUGGCAAGAAAGCAAGUAUUAUGUCUACAUAUUUCUUUAGCCAUGUGGCUUCCGGUGUAAAUCCAAAUGGUAUGGGAGUAGAAAGACAACCUUACAUGCUAUGGAGAAUUAGCUAGCUAAAGGCUAACGACAGAUGAUAUCUAGCUGAACCAGAGCUCACACACGGCUACAUCAGGCUCGGCCUCCGCCCCAGGCUGAGACGCAGGGUGUGGGUGGUGGAGGUAGAAGGAGAGGAGAAGUUAGGCUAACGGGGGGACUGCUGUCAUAAUUAGAUCUGCAGUGACACACUUACAUGCCCGAAAUGGACUGAACUGUGCCGAGUAAUGCUAUGCAAGGCAAGGGCUGGCUGGACUCAUGGGUGAGGUUUACGUUAGGUUAGGUCAAAUCGCAAAGGUGAGGGUCAAAGUGUUUGUCUGAGGGGAGAUGUCAAAGUCCUAAAAUGUUCUUGUAGAUAGCCGAGUGGCAGUGAGGGAAUGAAUACGAACAUGACAACACAUUUAAUCCAUUUAGACAUUAAAGCCAUCUUAAAAUAACGUUGACAUUUGUCAACCACAACUUAGAUGUCAACCACAAGUUAUUUCAAUUUGCAGUUUGUUUUGAAGGCAGUAGAGAGGGCCGCAGCUCAUGUUAUGAACUCACUGACCUUUCUGACCGAAAGUAGUAUGGGGCCAUUUUUGUAUCGUGGACUGUCUUUCUUGUAAUAUCUUGCGAUGACCUAUGGACACUGGAGAGUACUCAAGCUGGACUACACGUAAUGUAAUUAAACCUUGACAUGCAGAGUGGCCCGCACUCACAACAUGUGUGUGUAUAUUCAUGUGAGCCUGUGUGUUAAAUCCUAUUUGAGGGAUUUAGGCAGUAUAAGGAGUUUCACUGAUGUGCUUCUGCUGUUGUUGAGUCAUGAUUCUUUCUCUCUGUCUCUCUCCUCUCACACACACACAGUGCAGGGAAGGUAACGUCCUUGUCAUAAAAUAGGGGCAGAGCCUGCCCUCAAACACACACACACACACAGACACCCUGAGGGGAAAGGAGCAGGCCUGGCAUGGUAUCUGAUUGUCACAGCAGUGUCACAUUGGCAGUGUGAACUCAUUUAUCAGCUCUGCACGUGGACCGUCUAACACAUGCACAUGCUACAAAGCCAUAUGCACAAACACCAGUUUACUAAUAAACAGGAGGUGAUCUAUCUAUUGUUUGUGUUGUUAAACUACAGUGAGCCGAUUUUACUAUUUAAGUAUUGAGGGGACUGAGUAGGUGCAUGUCAACUAUCAACAGCAUUUCAUCUUAAAUUGUAGGACAAAGGGCACUAAUUGUCUUCUGUUUGUGUGUCUGAAUCUGAAAGAUGUGUAUUUUCUGUUCACAGAACUAAGCCGCAGAAAAACAAAAUCACACAUUGUUCGUUUGCUGUAUGAAUGGCAAAAAGUGCCAAAAUUGGACGAAGCCAAAACUAUGCUGUACGACGUAGUUAGUGACUCGCAGACGCAAACACCUCUUGGUAUUUAAUAAUACAUUUAAAUGCAUUUAGUGUAUUUGUAUUUCCAGAGAAACACGACAAACACAAAAUGUAGCCAUAAGGGAGACUCCUUGUAGUGUUUUCUGCUUGCAGGGCUAUGCCAAGUGAAUGAGGCCUCCUCUCCUAAACCCACAACAUUACAGGUCUUCCGAGGGCUGCUACCUUUGCUACCAAUGUUUAUGUUGUUAUUUAACCCCCAUGAAACAUCAGUGAAUCAUCUUCCCUUUGUUUAAACCAAUAAGUUCACACUCAGGACCACCUGCCUUCAUUUCCUUGGCUUUUACUUUUGGUUUUAUAUCAUGAAAAAGAAAAGUUAGUUAUUCUUGCUGUUCUCUUUCUUUCAGAAAUUAAAAUAAUAGUCCCAUGGUUUAAAUACAACCCUAAAUGUAGCACAUACGAUAAUAUGAACAACUAUGUACGUUUCUCAUAAUGUUUGGUUUGUUGUCUGGAAAUACAGCACUGAAAUUGUUAACGCAGUUUGUGUUCUUUUGUUCAGCUUUUACUUUUACACCAAUACUUGAAAAUGGGUCAGUUCUGGCAAAUAUUUAAAACUGUGAAAAUGCACAACACUGGGAAAACAACCCCUCAAAAAAGUAUUUUUCAUGAAUGAAUAAAAUUUACAAAUAUUA